AUGGCGCGUGCGGGCGUGUCUCCCGGCCUCUAGAGCCUCGGAUCCCGGGGCAGCUCCGGUAGGUUUCGCGUGCGCGGGUUUCUGCAGGUCUGGGGCGAGCUUGCACGUUACAUCACCGGUGCAUCGCUUCUUGCUUGCUUAAAUUAACACCACAUAGGCUUUUAUUGCGGAAAUCGCCAUAGACUCUUAAGGGCCGCGGAACGGGACGGCCUCAGUAACUGGUUUUCACACCCCCAGCAGAUCUCCGUGCCGCGGAGUUGGACGCAGACGUGGGUUCUAGGAGCUUUCAUUUUCCCCAGCUUUGCAGCUACUCUUUGGCCCCGUUAGCUUCUAGAUUGGAAGCCGAGGGUCUGAAACUCAGAAAAGCAAUUACUCUUCCCUGAUGAGUCUUCAGAGGAGCAAGAAUAGCGACAUGAUUCCACCUGCAGCCCUAUAGAGAUUGGUCCCUCUGUCUUCCCCUCACACUCGUGGCAUUUUAACGUUCCUGUGUUAUUUGAGUGCCAAAAUGAGUGACCGAUAUCUAGAACAAAGGAUUAGUAUCAAAUUCUGCGUGAAAUUGAACAAGUCUGCAAGUGAAACUCACCAUCUUUUAAAAGAAGCUUAUGGGGAUGAAGUCAUGUCAAGGGCCAGAGUUUUCGACUGGCAUAAAAGGUUUAAAGAAGGGCGGGAAGACAUUCGAGAUGAUGCCCGAAGUGGUCGUCCAGUCACCCACCGGACGGAUGAAAAUAUCCAGAAGGUCAAGGACUUGGUUUGUUCGAAUAGGCAGUUAACUGUGAGGAUGAUGGCUGAAGAGUUAAAUUUAGAUAAAGAAACCGUUAGGCUCAUUCUGAAAGAAAACUUGAAUAUGAGGAAGGUAUCUGCAAAAGUUAUAUCGGGUAUUUUGAAGGAUGAGCCUAAACCUCGAAAACUUGACUUUCGGUCUGAUCAUUCAAAGGAAACUAGGAAAAAUAGCUCAUGUGUGAGGGAAAAAGUAACAAAUUCUGAACCAUGGAGUCAUCUCCAGUGCGAAGCUGGUGGGGAAAUGCCUCUGCCUGUAUCCCAUCCCAAAAUCCCUCCUGCCAGCCAGCUGCUGCAGACUUCAUCUUCAACAAGCCUUCCCAGCAGGGCGGCUCAGGAUUGGUUCACACCGUGGUGAAAGGAAUCUGGGGUAGCUGAACCCAAACUAGAAAGCUGCCUCAAGGUUAGGCACCUUCAUUUGCCGCUCAUCUAUUUUCAGCUUCUUUAUGACUCCUCUCUACAUGUCAUGGCCCUGCAACUUACUCUUUGCUGGACUCUUGGGUCAUCUUCCUUGCUGUUCUCCACAACUUUGAAGAACUUCUGGCUGUUGGCUUCUGGUACUUGCUUGUGCUUGACUUUUCUUUUUUUUUUCCUUACCAAGUUUUUUCUUCACUGUCCAGACGUUAGCUUGUUGUGACUGUCCUCUUCCUUUGUUCUCAGUAUUCUGCCUCAGGGGAUCAUACGAAUGAAAAGUGGGAGCAGGACCUCUUGGAGUCUCUCUCUCUGUGCCCAGGGAGGCAUACUCUGCUGGGAGGACCCCAAAAGAAGGCCUACAGUUCCAGCCUGCUUCACAGUCAGGGCCUGAGGGCUGGAGUGACCCUGCCAAAGGUGCUGGACCACGACCAUGUUGGAGAGUAGGAUACUGGAAGCCAUGUUGUCCCAGACAGGGUUUGGACGCAAAGCAACCAGAAGCAGGUAAUCAGGAGGGUGAAUUCAAAUUGUUACAAGUAGCUGUAAUGAAAAGGACUUACCUUAUAACCUUAGAUCAUCUCCUGGACGGUAGUCAGGUUGAACUGCACUACCUGAACCCAUUGCCCGUUUGCAAGGCUUCUCAGAAAAUAUUCAAUAAGAUGAUAAUACACCCUAGGAAGCCUCGAGUUUGGAGGGAAGUAAAAAUAUUCAUGCAGAGCAAACCAUUCACACAUGGCUGCUCAGAAUCUCUACACACCAGUUUAGAGCAUAAUCUCAAAAGACUGUCCUCAGACAGUUCUCAUGUAACAGUACCCCUUAUCUGUCCACCUGCCGAAUCUGUUUUAUUUCUGACAUGAAUUUUGCCCGGCCUGCACCUUGCUGCCUAGGCCUCUUGAGCUUUUUGAUCCUAUAAUCUCAGGGUUCCACCCAUCAUGCCCUAGGCCCUUGUCCUUGACUUUUCUCAGAUAUCACUCAGUUUAUUCUCCAGUUUGCUCUUGCUCUUCUGUUUCCCUGGGCUUUGUUUUCUGGUUCUGGACCACACCCUCCAAUAGCUGCUUUUGGCCACUUUGGUAUGCUUACCUUGAAUUCCCCUUUUGGUCAUGGUUUUCCACUCAACUGCAACUUUUCUCUCUUCUGAUUUUUAGAUCCCUCUUCCAGCUCCCCACUUCAGCCCUAUAGUCUUUUGUUUUGUUUGUUUUGUGGGGGGUUUUUUUGGCAGUGCCACGCAGCUUGUGGGAUCUUAGUUCCCCAACUAGGGACUGAACCCAGGCCUUCAGCAGUGAGAGCACAGAGCCCUAACCACUGGACCGCCAGGGAAUUCCCAGCCCUAUAGUCUUGAGUAAAGAAAUUGCUCCAUCCCUGGCCCCAGAUUGCCUUCAUAUAUAAGGGGCACACUGGGAAGGAACAAAAAAGCUCCCUCUCACCCUUAGCCACGAGGGGUUCCACUCCCCAGAGGCAACCAGUAUUACCAGUUUCUUGAGGCAAUUUGGUUACCUCUAGUACUCAGGAGUUACGAAAGUUUUUCAGAGAUAUAAUAUGCAAAUCGCAGUCUCCCAGCAACUGUAUUUUCCCUGGCAGGAGAAGCUCCAUCUAACCAUAAGAGAUGAAGCCUGGCUCUCUGUAGGUUGUCAGGAAGAGAGCUGGCCAUCUGCAAACCUUGACCAUAAUUCUCAAGCUAAACACACAGUCAAGGAAUCUCUCUGGGUUUCAGGCUGAACUUCCCCUUCCCCAUUCUGGUUCAAAAUCCACAUGGAAUGUUAUACACUACAGCUGGAAGUCUGGGAGGAAUAAACACUUUCCAGGGCAGAUCAUUUCGUCAUUGAGUUUAUCCAGUCCGUUCUCCACCCAUCAUCCCACCUUCCACCUGUCCCACUGGUAAUGAUCAAAAACAGAAAGAAUAAAGUAUUCACCAAUCUUUGAUUUCGAAAAAUGUGGGUAGUUCUGCAGUCUUCUGAAUUCUGCCCCUGGCUCUGAGUUCUCACUGAAAUGUUAUUGUUUGGGAAGAAUGUGUACAUGGGGCCUGCUUUCCAGAGCCUUCCUUUCAGAUCCACUUCUUAGAGUUCAGACUUUGGAGGUGCCCGGAUAAAUCUGGAUGCUAAAUGACUUGAGGAUAUCUAGUACAGGAGUGGGGUACUAUUGGGAACUGUCGCUGUAUCACAUCUGCUGAUCAGCCAGCCUGCCGUUUACAGACCUCAUUGCCAGCAAGUCUCACUAGGCUCCUUGGGAUUGGUCACCAGGGUCCCAUGUGGCUCAAUAAGAGUCUUCUUUGCUGCUGGGAUUGUAUAUGUAACCCUGUGUUCUCUAACUCCUUAGUUGGAUCAGACCCCUCAGAUUCUGCCAGGCUUUGACAUCCUAUUUGAGGCAACACUCAUAUUUAUCUUCUCUAGUCUCUGUCUUAUCAGAUCCUUGCAAAUACUGUCCCAGUUGCAUCACCCUUCUCCCAGUAUUAAUAUCCAGAAACAAAAAAUCUGUAGUGGGAAACUUCAGUACUUCUUAGGUCCCACUUGCAUUUAGUGAAGAGGUCAGCAAACUUCUUCUGUAAAGGAAAUGUCUUAGGCUGUGUGGGCCAUACAGUGGCUAUUGUAAUUUCUCAACAUUUUAAUGCAAAACCAGACAUAGCUAAUAUGGAAACAGAUGAGCAUGGCUGUGUCCUAAUGAGACUUCAUUUAUGGAUACGGGGAUUUAAAUUUCAUAUAGUUUUCACAUGUCACAAAAUAUUUUUUUCAAACCACUGAGAAUAUUAAAAAAAUUCUUAGCUUGCAGUAAGUUCAUAGAAAACCAGAUGGUGGGCCAGAUUUGGUCCAUGGGCCAUAGUUUGCUGACCCCUGGUCUAAUGUAUAUAAAAUGUGUAUAUAAAAAUGACAGAUGAUUGAUCCAUCAGUAACAUUGUUAAUGCCAAACUGAUCUGGCAAUGUCUGACAAUUUACUACUAUAGAAAUUGUGGAAUAUUGAAGGUAGUCUUUAUGGUGCCAGGAGCGUGAACUAGAGCUGAAUGAUUGACUGUAUUACCUUGACCAUAUUCUGAUUCACAAAAUAAGUUUUGUGCUGUUCUCGGCUAAAAAUUAUAGUACACAAACUACUACCUAUAUUUUGCCCUUGUAAUAUUUCCAAAAAAAAUUGGCAAUACUGAAAAUGGUGCCAAGUUACAACCAGUGAUAACAGAAUGAACUGAAGGUAAUUCCAAAAUUGCCUUGACCAUGAGCAGCAUUUGAAUAAGUUUGUUAUCAUCUAUGAAAGGGACUACUAUGGAGGUGACAAAACUCAUUGAAUUAUAUUUUUUUGCAUGCUUGUAAAAAAAUUAUAUAUAUAUAUAUUGGCAACUGGUACCAAGCUAUGUUCUUUUAGAUAUGUUUACUUGUUUUUCUCCUAAAGAGUGCCAUAUUGUGUCACCUUCACUUAAACUGAUUUUCCAAAGUUGAAAUAGAAUCUCAGGAUUGAACAGACCUUUGCAAGGAUGUUUAAUCCAGCCAGUCAUGUUUCCUUUGAAUCCAGGAGUGGCUAAAUCCUACAGCUGCUGAAAAACUGCAUCUGAAAGGAGAUUCUGUGUUAAUUCAGCAAAUUUUUAUCGAGUGCCUCUAUGUGCCAGGCACUGUCCUAUGUGCUAGGGUACAGCAACAGACAAAGCAGACACAAGCCUUAGAUUUGAGUCUGAAAUCUAAUUAUAUUGCUGUUCACUCUUGCAAAACUUCUGUUCCAUGUGCUCACACUAACUCAUUGUUAAUUGCAUACCUGGAAAAAGGUAUGACGUUUGCCACAGGCCUCUCUGCUGUGGUCAUGAUGCCUCUCCAGCUGCAUUAAUAAUUUAAGGACUAUAUGUUCCACUUGAAUUUUAUUAUUCUUUAGACCAAUCUGUAUUGGUAGAAAAACACGCUGGCAAUGUUGGAAGUGUAAAUUGGCAACAGCUUUCUGAAAAGCAAUUUGGCAGUAUCUAUCAGGAGCUUUAAAAAUGUUUAUAACUUCUGAUCCUCUAAUUUUACUUCUGGGAAUCUGUCCUAAAGAAAUAGUCUGGGGCUUCCCUGGUGGCGCAGUGGUUGAGAGUCCGCCUGCCGAUGCAGGGGACACGGGUUUGUGCCCCGGUCCGGGAAGAUCCCACAUGCCGCGGAGCGGCUGGGCCCGUGAGCCAUGGCCGCUGAGCCUGCGCGUCCGGAGCCUGUGCUCCGCAACGGGAGAGGCCACAACAGUGAGAGGCCCGCGUACCGCAAAAAAAAAAAAAAAAGAAAAAGAAAUGGUCUGAAAUGUGGGCAGAGUUUAUGCUUUAACAAUCCAGAAGUCCAACAGUAGAAAAUUGGUUAAGUAAAUUACACUAUGAUGAUAUAGUAGACUAUUAUGCAGUCAUUAUAAUUAAUGUUUGUGAAGUGUUAAAACAGCAUGGCAAAAUACUUAUAAGUGAAAAGAGUGACAUACAAAAUUAUAUACAUAAAUCCAAAAAUAUUUUUCUAAAAUAUUAAUACUUUUAUUAUCAGAAUAAAACAAUAGCACCAAAAGUUGGCAAUGGAGAGAAUGGGGCCAAACCAUUAGUUUGGUCCAGGAACAAUUAACUGGCUGGGUCCACAUGGAGACUGUAUGAUACUAUUGUAUUGGUAGCAGGAGUGGGACAGAAGGGAAAGGGGCCUUCCCCGAAGGAGAAGGGGACCAGAAUCCCUACAAAAAUCCCGAGUGAUAUGAGAAGACACCACAAACGGCAUGUUCCUGUUAUGUGGUCCUAGGGAGGUAAAGGAGCACAUAUGGAUCAAAUAUAUUCUGACAAAUGGAAAGGAUUUGAAGUAUUCUCCUGGGUAAAAUUAACCUCAUUCUUCCAUUCUCUCAUACAAAAUGAAUAUUCUUGAGAUGGAUUUUAUUACAACUGAUUCUCUGAAGAAUCCUUGAGCUUCCCAUAUCAUUUCUUUAGGAUAGGAAUGGCUUUUGAUGUGCCGAGUCUACCUCUUCCCAUGCUGGGACACUCAACACGGAUGUACAUGGGAGUAUUUGAUAUUUCACACUGAGAAUACCACAUGAAUAUCAAUAGUCAUCUUAAUGAUGUAACUUAGGAAACUCGAAAGUUUGCAAAUGUUUUUGUUGGUGUCCAGAAUUACUGUGCCUUUAUUUAUAUCUGAAGAGUAAUUAUUCACAGGAUUUUCAGGUAUGAAAUGAUGUAGAUAAUUCCUGUCUAUCCAUAGAUGAAAUUGUUCUGUUGGGAAAAUGUGUCUUUCAUUGUUAUUUUAGCAAAAUGUUUACCAUUAAAAUGCCAAAUAUAUCUCCUCGGUGAAAUUUCAGAUUUUCAAAUGAGUACCCAAAGUAAAUACAUGUUUUAUAGGCAUCUAGGCUACAGAUUUGUCAAGCUGGAAAAGUUUUUCAAGGUCUAAGUCUCUUGGUCUAUAGAAAGAACAAAGGAGUGAGACUGGGGUUUGUCCUGCUCCUUAACAAGCCAUGGGACUUUGGGCAGUUCAUUUGCACCACUGGAGCACUUCAGGUUACUCAUCCAUAAAAGGAGAAUAAUAAAACCUGUCUCAUGGAGAUGUUCACUUUGUUCAUUCAACAAAUAUUUAUUGAUUGUUUAUAUGUAUCUGACCCUGUUGUAGACACUGAGGAUACAGCAGUGAACAAGACAAAAAAAAUGUUUCUUCUUAUGAGCUUACAUUUAAGUGGGGGAGACAGACAAGAAAUAAGAUAAAUGAGUGAAAAUAUAGUAUGUUAGAUAGUUAUUGUUAGAUGUGAGGCUUACAUUAAAAUAAUGUAUAUGGGGUGCCCAGCACAAUAUCUGGCAUGUAGUAAGUACUCAACAGAGAGUAAUUUCCUUUGCUUCUUCAGUCUUCCGAACAGUUCCUGAAUUAGUCUACAGCAUGGUAGUAAUCAGCGGAAGGCCUGACCCAUUGCCUUCUACCUCUUUCAAGUUAAUACGGCCUAAACCUAUUUUGCUUAAGAAGACAAAAGAAUGCUUACAGAUGUGCUUUGUACUUCCUGUAUGGCAGAUUAAUCAAGGUGGUGCCUAAACACUGUUGAUAAAUGGCCUUUUCUGAAGCCAGUUGGCAGGGGUCCUUGCUUGGAGCUAGACGGCAUUUGUCCACAAAGACAAAUGCAUUGUUUCUUUGCUGUUUAAGCAAAAUGAACUAGGAAACUGUACUAGCUGUUUCUCUUAAAAGAUGUGUGACCUUUGUUCUGUUCCAAACAUCGGAGAACCGGACAAAAUUUACAUUAUUUAUGGGAAACCAGGGCAUUGACUAAAAGCCUGGAAAAAGAGGGUUUAAUACUUGUGGUUUCUAUAUAUUUUUGCCCAUUGUAGAAAAUUUGGGAAGUUCAGAAAUGUUUAAAGAAGUAGCCAAAAGUUCACCCCUAGGAUUCAGUUAUUUCACCAGACCCAUCUCUCUGCCUCAGCUUGCUCCUUCAAAAACAUCCAGUGAAUAGUCAUUUACUGAAUUCCUUCUUUAGGCCUGGGCCUGUACUAGGCAUAGAGGGUAUAGCCCUUGCCCUUAGGCAGUACCGGCCUUGUGGGGGUAGGGAAAGGGCCAGAGGUGGAGAGACCACUGGGAAUGGGCUCCUACCUUAGACUGUCAGUCUCUCCCAGAGCACAGCUCUAAGGAACAAGCUUUUGUAAAGAAUUUGGAACAAAAGUUGUUAUCAUCACAGUUAGGGUGAUUGUAGGAAUGAGAAAGUGGAGUAUAAAGAGGCAAAACACACAAAGCAUUGGUAAAGCAUUGGUAACUGGCCUGCUGGCCUUGCCAUCCCCGGCUCCUCUUAUGUAAAAGGGCCCUCAGUUCUGUCCUGCAGUAUCACCUUUCAGAAGAAACUAGACAUUAGGCUGUGAGCCAGUACCCCUGUAUCUUGCUUUAAGAAUCUAAUAAGUGAAAAUUCAGAGGUACAACCCAGAUUAGAUGAGGAAAUUGGCCCAGGGAGAUUGAGUGAAUUUUCUCUAAUCACACAUCUAGUUGGUGGCAGAGCCAGGAUAAUAAUGAAGGACCUUGAAUUUCUCUUGGUCCAGUGAGGUUUUUUUCCAUUACUCCAUUGGUAAUAAUAUCCUUUACUAAAGUGUACAUUCUUAAGAUAACUUUAAAAUAAUUGUCACCCUUGCAUUUGAUAAAUAUGAUUUACCAACAACUGAUUUACAUGCAGUUUGUGGGGAACAUAUUUAUGACAGAGAAGGUGGUGCAAAGGUUUUUCCAAGUUUUCCUGGGGUGUCCAGGCCCCCUGGUCCUUCUCCCAGACUGUGUAUUCACAAGUAAAUGUUGGCAUUCUGUCAUUCAUUUUUUCCGGAUGUUCUUCCCUAGCGUGUUAUGUUUUGUGUUUUUAAUAUUUCUCAUAUACAUUUUUAAAAAUCUGGGCACAUAAAUUCUAAUAAAGUUCUCAACUAUCUCUUCUAUGCUGUCUCAAAUUUUCGGGUGUGUUUAUAUUUAUGACACAGUGUCUGAAGGCAUGAACGCUAUCACAUCGUUAGGGCUUAUAUUCCUAAACCCUAGACUUGCGUUUCUAGAUGUUCUGAAAAUUCUUUACAUUUCACUUGUAAAUGCCACUAUACUAUGCCAUGACAUUUCCAGAGUAACAUAUAUUUCAAACAGGAAAACAGAGGAAGCCCAAAGAAAAGGGAAGUAGGUUUCAAAUAUAAAUACAAAAAGAAAAAAAAUCAAUAAAAAAUAGUAGAAUACAUAAGAUGGGGGGGAGUGUAAAUUCUAGUUUCACGUCCCCUGAGAACAGAAUGUCCUGCAGACCCACUUUAGGGACUGGCAGUUUCCACUACCAACAAAGUAGCCCAAUCUUGGCAUCAUACUUCCUUUGACUCUCACAUGCAGUCAAGUCCAGGUCAUUCCCCUAACAUGUCUUAGCGUCACCUACUGCAACCAGACAGGGUGGUCACCCACCUCUCACGUCACUGUCCUGAAGUCCAUCCUCUGCGCUGCUGCACACGUGCUAUUUAGUUUGGAGUUUGCUGAAAACCGGAGGCUUUUUGAUGCCAGCGUUUUGAGCCUGCUCAGGUCACACCCGCUGUCUCAAAUCCAUCCUUGCUGCCAUCCACCUAGAAAACUCCUACUCAGCACUCAAGCCUCAGCCUUACCGUUGCUAUUCUCUACCCCUCACUUCUUGGCAAAGCAGUCCCCACAGUGUACAAUGCCCAUUCUUCAGUGAAGGAAACCCUAACACUUAAUUGAACUUAAUUGUCUGCAGAAUGUUUUUCCUCCCCUACCAACCCAUGAACUUGAAAGCCAAGAUCACAUCUGAUUUCUCUGUAUUGCCUGCAUCCGGAAUAAAGCCUCCCUGGAGCUGUUCAAUAAAUGUCUGAUAGAUGAAUGAAAGAAUAGACUUAUGGAAAUUGCUUCUUUAAAUUUCGGAUUAAACUCACCAUUUUAGCCAUUUUAAAGUGUACAUUUCAGUGGCAUUUAGCACAUUCACAGUGUUGUGCAAUCAUCACCGCUAUCUAGUUCCAGAACACUCCAAAAGGAAACGUUGUGUCCAUUGAACAGUCACUCCCCAUUCACCCCCUUUCCCCUAGCCCCUGGCAACCACUAAUCAACUUCCUGUCUCUGUGGAUUGGCCUGUCCUGGACAUUUCAAAUAAAUGGAGUCAUGCAAUAUGUGGCCACUGUGGCUGGCUUCUUUCACUUGGCACAAUGUUUUCAAGAUUCAUCCAUGUUGUAGCAUGCAUCAGAACUUCAUUACAUUUUAGGGCUGAGUAACAGGCUGUUGUAUUGAUAUACCACUUCUUGUUUAUCUGUUGAUGUUUAAAUGUCUGAUGGAUAUUUAGGUUGUUUCCACCUUUUGACUCUUAUAAAUGGUGCUACUAUGAACAUGUGUGUACAAGUUUUUGUUUAAACACCUGUUUUUCUGUUUUUUUCCUAAUAAAUUUAUUUAUUUAUUUUUAA